AUGUCGAUUCAAACCAGCCGGGAGGUAUUCUAUGAUCUGGUUGUCCUACGCUUUCGCUUCACUCACAAUGUUAUCCAUACAAGAAUCCACGAAGCAAGAUUUGUGCACCAGUUAAAUGAAGGCACAGCAUCCAUAAUGCAUGUUUAUGCCGUGUAUGCACUUGCUGCUAGAUUUUCCGACAAGCCAUGGCUCGCGGAGAAACCUUUUCAUCUACGAAGCUGUCCGUCUAGCUCAACAGAUUGUCAUUAUUCUAAGCCCGGAAGCCCGGCAUUAACAGGCCUGGUCUUCAUUGGCUACUACUACGACGGGGAAUGUGAUGCGAAAGCAAAGCAUCUCAUAAUUGAUCUCGCUAAGCUACUACACGCAGAAACCUUGUCGCUCUGGAAUAUGCUUAAAGAUAAGAGUCCCAUCUUCUAA